UGUUCGUCUGCAUGAGCGUUAAGGCAGUUCACCUUGGGCUUGUCACAGAUCUGACUACAGAUGCAUUUUUAGCAGCGUUCGACCGCUUCGUAGCUCGGCGAGGAAUGCCAGCUGCUGUGUAUUCUGACUGCCGCACUAAUUUUGUGGGUGCGUCGAAAAAAUUAUUUGAGCUAGUUAAUGAUCCAAAAAAUCGCGAGCAGUUCAGUUCUGCGGCUGCAUGUUCGUGGCAUUUUAACCCCCCUAGUGCGCCCCAUUUUGGCGGACUCUGGGAAGCCGCCGUUCGCUCCACAAAGCUCUUGUUGAUGCGAGUGGUCGGCAACCAGGUGCUGUCAUAUGAAGAGUUCACGACAGUGUUGUGCAGGAUAGAAUCAGUUCUAAAUUCCAGGCCGCUCACACCGUCAUCUAAUGAUCCGAAUGAUCUAGAUUGUCUUUCUCCCGGUCAUUUCAUUAUCGGCCGACCUUUGUGUGCAGUUCCAGAACCAGAGAUCUCUACCGGUUCGGUAAAUCUGAAAAACCGUUGGAAGCUCCUUCAUCAGGUUUUCCAAGCCUUCUGGCGCCGUUGGUCUAACGAGUAUCUACAUACUUUACAGACCAAAGGGCGGUGGUUAAUCGGUGAAGAAAAUAUUAAACUUGGCGAGCUAGUCAUAAUAAAGGAUAAUUGUUCCUCUCCGUUGGUAUGGAGACUAGGUCGAGUCCAUGAACUUUUGCCCGGUCCAGAUGGGAUCGUGAGGGUAGUUAAACUGCUUACCAAGCAAGGUAUCACUACAAGACCUGUAGUGAAAUUAGUUCCGCUCCCUAAUCAGUAAUUUUAUUUUAUUAAAUUUUUGGUAUUUUUUAAUAUACUGUUUAAUAUUUAUAUUUUAGUGCUCCGAUAGUAAUUAAUUAAAUUUUUU